CUGACAACAUAAAAGUCGCUGAUAAAUGUCAAAUCAACCGACAUGAAUAGUUAAAUUAGAAAAAUAUUAUGCUUAUUACGUCGAUAUUGGUUUUAUUAACUUAUGCAAACCGCAACGAUGCAGUAGAACACCAAACUGAAUUAGAUAAUAGUAGAGUGAAUAUAGAGCAAGAAAUAAUCGGAGGCUAUUCGUGUCUAGCUGAUAAAGGAAAAUACGUGGUGUCCAUAACCAGCUUCUGGGGUUUACCCAUUUGCAGCGCCAGCUUGUUGAAUUCCAGAUGGAUAUUAACUGCAGCGCAUUGCAACAUCGGCUACACCCGUUUCUAUGCCACUCCUGCUUACAUUAGAGACGAGUACGUUGAUUCCGAUGGUUGGUUGUCUUGGUGGUGUCCCGUAACACCCAUAGAAAGUGUCUACACCCAUCCACAAUACGACAAUCGCCUCAUCAUCCACGAUAUAUCUCUGAUGAAGUUAUCGAAUCGAUUGUACGAGAAUAAGAAGGUGCAAUUCAUGCCGCUGAAUUACGAUGGUGACAGCGAUAUUACGGAUUCCUGCACGGACGGGACUGCCGUGGGUUUCGGUACAUUCAAGAAAUAUUCCACCGUCAAGCCGAAGAAUGUGCAAUGCAUGGACAUCGGUAUCAUGAAUAAAGAAACAUGCACGAAAAGGCUGCCUGUUUUUAUGACGCAGGGCAUGGAAUUUAAGAUUUGCAUCGAUUCGAAUGAGGAUAAGGAUGUUUGCUACGGUGAUUCCGGGGGGCCUUUGAUUUGCCAGGGAAAACAGAUCGGGAUCGCUUCCUACGUUGGGGGCAACCUGCAAAAGGACACAAAAGUAGAAAAGCGUAUAGUCGGAGGAUAUGCCUGCGGUACAGGCCAUGGACAAUACGGGAUUGCUUUGACAAGUUUCUGGGGAAUGCCGAUUUGUUCUGCCAGCAUGUUGAACCCAUCAUGGUUAUUAACAGCAGCCCAUUGUAAAGUCGCAUACGCGAUUUUCUACGCCAGUCCCGCUUAUAUCAGAGAUAAAUACAUAGACUCAGACGGUUGGUUGUCGUGGUCUUGUCCCGUGGUGUCCGUAGAAAGCAUCUACCUGCAUCCAAAAUACGAUAUUCGCUAUGUUGUCAACGACAUAGCUCUGAUGAAGCUAUCCAAACCAUUCAAGGAGAGCCCGCGUUUGCAGUACGUUAAAUUAGACUUGGGUAGCAACAAGCAAAUCGCCGAUUCCUGUAGCAAGGCGACCGCAGUCGGUUUCGGACUCUUCAGAAAACUCACCAAAACUGCGCAUCCCAUGGAAGUGCGAUGCAUGGAAAUUGGUAUCAUGAAGACGUCCGAUUGCCUGGAAAAAAUACCCCCGGUGCUCUCAAAAGAGCUUGAUCACAAGAUUUGCAUCGACUCGACCUCGCAGAAGGAUGUUUGUUACGGCGACUCCGGGGGCCCUUUGAUUUGCCAGGACGAAAUAAUAGGCUAUUCCUGCGAAGAUAGCAAAGGACAGUACGGAAUUGCUUUGACCAGUUUCUGGGGAAUGCCCAUUUGUUCUGCUAGUUUGUUGAACCCGAGAUGGUUGUUAACAGCGGCGCAUUGUAAAGUCAGUUGCACGUUUUACUAUGCAAGUCCUGCGUACAUCAGAGAUAAAUGUGUGCAUCCGGAUGGUUUUUUGAAGUGGUCGUGUCCAGUAGUGAACGUACAAAGUAUCUACUUGCAUCCAAGGUACGACAGUAAUUUGAUCACAAACGAUAUAGCUCUAAUGAAGCUAUCCAAGCCGUUGAAAGCCAACUCGCAUUUUCGUUACAUCAACUUGCAGUUGCUAAAUAAUAAGCAACUUGCCGAUUCCUGCGACAGCGCGACGGCCGUCGGUUUCGGGUUUUUCAAUAAAUAUUCCAGGUCGAGUCCCAAAAAGGUGCAGUGCUUGGAUAUCGGCAUUUUGAAGAAGGAUGUUUGCAAAAACAAAAUACCGCACUCGUUUUUAAGGGAAGGUCUCGAUUAUAAGAUUUGCAUCGACUCGACUACUCAGAAGGAUGUCUGUUACGGCGACUCCGGGGGGCCUUUGAUUUGCCAGGACGAACAAAUCGGAAUUGCAUCUUAUAUUACCGGUGAUGGAUGCGCUUCCGAACGGCGGCGGAGUGAACCGUCGUGUACGGCCGCUCCGGGAAGACUACUAAACGCACGGCGACGGUUUCGUUAUUUAUCCGGCCGUUAUCAAAGAACAGUAGCUAGAGGGAAGGAAAUGAAGGAGCGCACGUUAUCCCGAUUGGUUCCCCGGGAGCUCACACCACUGAGGCUCGCGAAUGUAGCGCCGGUGUGGAAAUCCCUGGAUAAUUCGACUCCCGCUGGAAAAAAGCGGAACUCUAAUGAGAAGAGUCAACUUAAAACUGGCUCGAUUAAACCGAUAUAUGUUAUGCAUAGGAAGUUCCGGAAUUCGCAAAACGAACGAAUCGAUAUUUCACAGUUCGGAAAUUCGCUGUGCAGCGCAAUGAGUUUAAUUAAAAACGUGCUAAAAAAUUGA